AUGAGAGCCCAGGCUCUGCUGGCCCUCCUGCUCCUCUGCGUUCUGCUGCUGCAGGCCCGGGGCGGGCAGCACAGCCCGAAGACGAACCACCUCAAAGCUAAAGCCUGUACGAAGAGGCCCAGGGAGUUUACUUGCGGGAACCACUGUUCAUACUUCCGGCACUGUCCACAAAAUACCAUAUGCUGUUCAACCUUCUGCGGGAACAUUUGCAUGAAUGUCCUGUGA